AAUUCAUUCGUCGUUCCUAAUUAACUAUUACAUCUCGUUCUAUUCCCACCACCAUGAAUCCCCGUCUACACCCGACACGACCCAUCUUCAUCACGUUCACAGUGAUUAUCGUCAUCGUUGUCUCUUUUCCGGCUAUCUCAUGCCAAGAAUCCCGGCCAUAUGAUGUUUGUGGCGAGGUUGUCCAGUGUGGAGACUUCCGACUACACUACCCAUUUUGGGGGUCAGGUCGUCCGGCAUACUGCGGCUACCCAGGGUUUCAGCUAACCUGCGAAUCUAAUGUUUCCCUACUCAGUUACCAGUCAGUUAACUACCAAAUUCUGGAUACGGAUACAAGUACACAGACAAUCACCAUUGCUAGAAACGAUCUCUGGGAUGACUUUUGCCCUGAAUAUCUAUACAACACCUCCUACGACUCGACCCUCUUCGGCGUCGACAUUUCUGGUGAUCAGGAGAAUGUGUCUUUGUACUACGGGUGCAAUACUAGUACACCCACGAUUCCGUUGGGUGCUAAUCACCUGUUUAGUUGCAAUGUGAAUGACACCCAAAGUGAUGGUUAUUUCCUUAGGACCAAUCAGAUAGUUUCCAACAUGACAAGCUUCCUGCGACAGUGUCAGAAUUACAUCACUGUACCCGUGAAGCAAUAUCUUGCUGGUCGAUUAGCGUCGCCAUUUGCUACAGCAGAUGAACUGAGACCAGCUUUGAUGGCUGGUUUCGAUUUAAUAUGGAUAGCGAAUGACGUUGAGUGCAAUCAGUGUAUGAGGUCAAAUGGUCGGUGUGGCUCCAACUCGACUUCACCUGAAUUGUUUGCUUGCUAUUGUGAUAAUGGGAUUUUCUCGUUAACUUGUAACAAUACAAACGGAAGUGGAGGAAUCAUGGGAGCUGCAUCGUUGAAGCUUAUUAUAGGCAUUUCAAGUGCCAUUGCAGGAAUCCUGAUCAUAUUGUUGGUGACGUUCUUUCGAAUAAAAAGAUGGAAAACUCAAGGUCUCAUCCGACCACAUAGAAAGCCUCGAUUAUUGGGAACCUCUCGAAAUCAUCAAAUAGAAAUAUUCAUACGGGACUACGGACCUAUAGCUCCAAAUAGAUUUAGAUAUUCAGAAAUCAAGAAAAUGACAAACUCAUUCGUUGAGAAACUGGGACAAGGAGGCUAUGGAAGUGUCUACAAAGGACAAUUGCCUGAUGGGCAACUAGUUGCAGAAAAUAUCGCUAGCACAACAAACAUGAGUGCAAUAUAUUUUCCAGAUACAAUGUACAGGAAACUAGAAGAUGGAGAAAAUGUAGAGGUUGAUGGGGUGAAAACAGAAGAAGAUGAGGAAUUAGCUAAGAAGAUGGUGAUGGUGAGCCUGUGGUGCAUCCAGUCUGAUCCAUCGGAUCGGCCUUCUAUAAGUAAAGUUGUGGAGAUGUUGGAAGGAAGCUUUCAGUCGUUGCAUGUUCCAACUAAACGUUUCUGGUCAUCUCCAACAAGGUAUAGCCAAGGAACCUCAGCAUCAACCACACUGGAUUCAAGUCAUGAAAGAGUAUUAACACAGGCUACGCGGGAAGACUUGUCUACCUAA